AUGGCGCCCCCGGCCCAUCAACCAAACGGUAGCCAGGCCCCCCCGUCUCCACCUGUGCCCUGUGAGGACAUGCAGCUGGGCAUAUACGCGCCUCCGGCAGCCUUUCCCCUCUCUUUCGUCCACGUACCCCAUUUAUCCCAGUUUCCUGCCAGACAACUUCACGAUCCCUCGAGCACUAACCAAGACUGCCCUCAAGGCCGACAAGACCUCCACUACGGCAGCAGCAGCACGCCGUCCAACGACCUGGCUUCCUGGAAUGCCGCGGUGCUGCUCGAUCCCAGGAGCCAUGCCUUCCCCCCCGAGUCUCGGCCGCAGACGCCCGACAGCAUCCACUCGUCAGCCACCAACACCAUGGCCGGGCUGGAGAGUGCUGCCGGCUCCGUGUCGGGUCUCUUUCUCGGCGACGGCCACGGGGCUGCGCUCGACCCCGGAUCGUCCCACUCGAGCGAAGUGACGUUCCGCUUCAUGACGCCAUCUGCCGGCGGCGUUGGGACUGGGACGCCACCGACGUCUUUCCUUGGCGGCCCCGACUUUGGCGGCAUGGCAUCCCUGAUCGAGCAGGGCUACCAUUUGAAAGACCGCAGCGACGUGCCGGAGCCAAAGCGUCGCAAGGUCGACCUGUUUAGCGGCGGCAGCAGCAGCGGCAUCCUGGCGGACAGCCUGCAUUCAGAUGACAGCAAGGAAGACGUCAAGGUAUCGUCCGAGGCACUUGCACCGGCAAAGAACCCGGUGACGGUCGACCUGACCGGUAGUGCUGACAACAACCCUGUCGGCACCGACGCCAAGGACGCGUACCACGAAGUGUGCUACGGCAUGCUGACCGGAGUCUCGGUGGACUGCCACAAGCUCCCGGUCCCGAAGCCCGGGAUCCAAGCGAUCGGGGGACCGGCCUACUGGCCGGCCGUCAAGAUCGUGCUGCGGCGAAUCGACAACGACCGGACAAACACGAUACAGGUGUACGACCACACGCGCGAGGUGUUUGGCAGCCUGGACAAGCGGUCGGCCAAUUGUUUGACGCCGCUGAUGGACAUCUCCAAGGUGCACCUUCGCACUGACGCGCGCAUCCCGUCCCGGCGAAAGAGCGAGGACGAAGAAGCGGGCCAGCCGAUCUCCAAGUCUUAUAGAAUAGAGCUUGUCCUGUACGGGGCGUCGACCUUUGCCAAGCCGGUGUGGAAGCGGGUGGCAGGCUUCGGCUUUGGGCUGGUGACGCCGCAUCGCGUGCAGCCGGGCAUCCGGCUGAUGCUCCCGCAGGAGCCGCUGGUGCUCUCGCCGAAGCCGAGUGACGGUCAGCUGUCGUCGUCGUCGUCGUCGACGGCAGCCACACGCCCACCGCUCAUCCUGCCGCCGACCUUCCAGACUAGGACGAUGGAGGACAUCCGGUCGGAGGUGAUGGCGGUGUUCGACUCUCUGGCCCACACGGAUGACCUGCCAGAGAUGGAACCGGACUCGUGCGUGCUGACGCCGCUGCUACGGCACCAGAAACAGGGUCUCUACUUCAUGACGACGCGCGAGACGCCACUGGCUCAACAGCAUGGCAACAAGUAUAUGUCUUCGAUCUGGACGAAGAAGCCGGAUCGGUCGGGCUGUCCGAUGUACCACAAUGUGAUCACGGACCAGCUGCUGUCCCAGCCACCGCCCGAGUCGCUGGGCGGGAUCCUGGCCGACAUGAUGGGACUGGGCAAGACGCUGAGCAUCCUGUCGCUGAUCGCGACGUCUCGGCAAGCGGCAGAGCAGUGGAGCCGGCUGGCACCGGAGCAGCCGACAGAGGUGGUGCGGAAGAAGAAGGCGGCCAUGUCACGCAACUUUGAGCUGCCGGUGCCACAGGAGCUGGGCCUGACGCAACUCCGACGCAAUGGACGCGGCACGCUGCUGGUGUGUCCGCUCAGCACGAUCACAAACUGGGAGGAGCAAGUGAAGCAGCACCUAGCAGCCGACGCGCUGAGCUUCCACGUGUACCACGGACAGAAUCGGAUCAAGGAUGUGGCGCAGCUGAGCGAGUUCGACCUGGUCAUCACGACGUACGGCUCGGUGUCAAGCGAGCUGACGGCGCGAAAUCGCGGCAAAGCAGGACCGUUUCCGCUCGAGGAGAUCGGCUGGUUCCGCAUCGUGUUGGACGAGGCACACAUGAUCCGUGAGCCGAGCACGCUGCAGUUCAAGGCCAUCACACGGCUGCAGGCCAGCCGGCGCUGGGCGGUGACGGGAACACCGGUGCAGAACCGGCUUGAGGACCUGGGCUCGCUGCUGUCCUUUCUACGGCUGCAGCCCUUCCACGACCGAGCCAAAUUUGCCCAUCACAUCGUCAACCGGUUCCGGGCAUGCGACCCGGACGUGCUGCCGCAGUUGCGCAUCCUCGUCGACACGAUCACGCUGCGCCGGCUCAAGGACAAGAUCGACCUGCCGCCACGCACCGACGUGACGAUGCGGCUCGACUUCGCGGCCGAUGAGAAGGAGAUUUAUGAUUUCUUUGAGCGCGAUGCCAACGACCGGGUCAAGGCGCUGACCAGCCAGAGCGAGCGGUUGCUGGGCGGUAAGACGUACAUCCACAUCCUGCAAGCGAUCCUGCGACUGCGCCUGAUCUGUGCCCACGGAAAAGACCUGCUGGGCGACGACGACCUGCAGCGAAUGCAGACGGUCCAGCGCGAGACAGAGCUGAUGCUGACACUGGGCACGAGCCCGGAGUCGGCCAUCAACCUGGACGACGACGAGGACGAGGAGAAGAACGGCCGGGUCAAGGGUCCGCCCUCCGAAUCGAAGCUGUAUGAGAUUUACGACCUGCUGGUGAAUUCCAACUCGGACAACUGUGUCAUCUGCAAGCGCAAGCUCAGCUCGCUCGAAGACAUGUCGGCCAACAUCCGGUCCGAGAAGCAGGAGGACGUGGUCGGCUACAUGACGCCCUGCUACCAUCUCUACUGCCCGGACUGCAUCACCCACUUCUGCGACGAGGAGCGUGGCGCCACCUGCAACAGCGGCCAGCCCGGUCGCUGUCCCUACUGCCGCGAUCCUGUCCUGUUUGCCUGUCCGGAAAUCCGCCGAGACCGUGCCGACGGCGAGCACGACGCUCCAGGUCACAGCCGCGACCUGGACGAGGGCAGUGAUCGUGCAGCGAGGCCGCCGCUCGUCCACGGAUCACCUGCUGCCAGUCGGAAACCCGUCGAUCUCAAGGCCUAUUCGGGACCUCACACAAAGACGCGGGCUCUACUGGCAGACCUGCUGGACCACGAGCGCGAGAGCGGGACGAUGCCGGACGAGCAGCCCAUCAAGUCCGUCGUCUUCUCCGGCUGGACCUCGCACCUCGACCUGAUCGAGCGGGCUCUCCGCGACAACGGCAUCGCCUUCUGUCGCCUCGACGGCAAGAUGUCGCGAACGGCCCGGACACAGGCCAUGGAUACCUUCCGCGACGAUCCAUCUGUGCACGUGAUCCUCGUCUCCAUCAUGGCCGGGGGCCUGGGACUCAACCUGACGGCCGGCAACUACGUCUACGUCAUGGAACCACAGUACAAUCCCGCAGCCGAGGCCCAGGCCAUUGACCGGGUCCAUCGGCUAGGCCAGAAGCGGCCUGUUCACACCGUUCGCUUCAUCAUGAAUCGGAGCUUCGAGGAGCGCAUGCUCGAGAUCCAGGCCGACAAGAUCAAGCUGGCCAACCUGUCGCUCAACCGCGACCGCAUGGGCGUUGCCGAUGCCGCCCGCCAGCGUCUGCACGACCUCCGGCGACUCUUCCGCUGA